AUAACUUCUAUGGGCGUCAUUUAUUCACAGGAUUUCCUCUUAAGUUUUUAUUUCUAUGAAGCAAAGCAAAGAUGUGGAGCUUUCAAAAGCUGCUGUUGACCAUCUGCAUUGCUCUGAGGUGUGUGACCAGUGCAGUAGGGGUGAUCCAUGUGACUGGAUAUGUGGGGAGUAUAGUUAAAGUUUCCUGUUCCUAUGAUGAAGGUUAUGAGUCUUAUGAGAAGUACUUGUGUAAGAACGACUGUGGUGACAGUGAUGUUCUUAUUACAACAUCGGAAUCAAGGAAAAAUAAAUACAGGAUCCAUGAUGACAAAACAGCACGAAUCUUCACAACAACCAUCUCUGAUCUUCAUUCAGGAUGCUGGGAAAUACUGGUGUGGAGUGACCAGAACUGGAAAAGAUAUCUACACUGAAGUCGAGCUGAAAUUAGUGCCAGACAGAUGCUGUGACACUGUGACCACAGUCCAAAGUUAUGAGGGAUACUCUGAGUCCAUCAGUUGUCCAUAUGACUCUCAGUAUCAGAACAACUUCAAGUACAUCUGCAGAGGAAACCGGCCCUCCACAUGUCUGCAGCAGGCACUAAUCACCUCUAACAACAGAGAAAAUCAAAGAUUCAGACUUGAUGAUGAAAAAAUGUUAAGAAAGUUUACAGUGGCCAUUAGCAAUUUGAUUCAAAGUGAUUCAGGGUCAUACCUCUGUGGUGUCCAAAGAAACUCUGACCUGGAUGUUUUCUCUGCUGUUGAGCUGAAGGUCAAAGAGUGGUGCUGCGUCAAGUCAACUAAAGUAACAGGUACUGCAGGGCAUCCAUUAACUCUGCAGUGCCCUUAUCCUUCACAAAAUCACAAUAACAGGAAGUUCCUCUGUAAAGGAGACCACCGCAACAGCUGCAGAGACAUGGCGAUGAUUGAAAGCAGACUCACACUACGAGAUGAUAUUUAUUCCAGCUCUUUCUCAGUGACGUUCACAAAGAUACAAGCGGAUGAUGCUGGGACAUACUGGUGUGGGUCAGACUCACAAUGGAGAGUUGGAAACCAUGUUAAGAUUCAGCUGUCAGUUGUGUCUCCACAGCACACCAGCACUGUACCUUCCACAAUGGAAAUUCCAGGAAAAACUACAACACACAAUAAAACUACAACUCAAAAUAGACCUAAUAAAGAUGCAGGACAGUAUGUGGUUUAUGCUGUGCCCGCUGUGCUGCUGCUACUGAUAUGUGCCCUCGUGGUUACAGUUUAUCAAUGCAAACAUCAGAAAGUAAAAGACGGUAAAGCUGUCAUGAACAGAAAUGCAGAGAACGAAGAAGGUUUAGAGGAAGUGACGGCUGGUGCAGAAAAUAACAUCUACGGAAAUGAAGAAGUUGUGAGGUACAAACAACAGAGUGCCUGUAACAACUAUGACGAUGCAGGUGAAGAUGAACCAGAGUAUGAAAACUUCACAACAUCUGAAGAAGUUUACUGUAAUGAAAAUUUCCACAGAAGAUAAACAGAGUAUGCAUUUCAUGUCAAAAUGUGGGUUUCACCUAUAUAGAUUUUAACUUGUUUGAUUUCUCUUUAACUGUUGAACAACAAAUUUUAAUGUACAGCCUUCUCUUUGUCACACUGAAAAGCUCUUUAUGCGUGUGUAGCUUGACUUGUUUUUAUAGCUUAAUUUUUAUUGUUUAGUGUUUUUUCUGACGUUGUGGAAAAACUCAAACUAAAUUACUAACAUGAGAGCAAAGUAAAUAAAUAAGCAAGCAAAAUGAAAUCUAAUGUUCUUUCAUAUAGUAAUAAGUUCAACAAUAUGUUUAACUGUUUCUGCCUUAUUUGAGCUGCAACAUUGUUACAUUCUGGUCAUUCAAAGUAUUUGGAUUUAAAUAGAGCAGUAAAACAUAAAAGGUUACAGUUUGGAGUUUUCAUCUUAUGAUGCUUUUUUCUGUUUGUUGCAAAUGGAGCUGGAUAAUGGAUACGAUUUUACAGAAAAAAAAAAUCAGUGUGCAAUUCCUCAUAAGAUGUCAUAUAACUGUCCAAUGAGGGCAAAAGAGUAGUAGGUUUUUUUUCCUUCAGACAAGCCAGAAACCACUUCAAAAAACAGUUUUAGUGUCACUGCUUAGUGUGUCACACUGAGCCCUCUGCUGGUGCUGUUUUAGCUUAACACCAAAUACAGUAAUUGUGUUGCAGAAAUUGAGACAAGAUUUCAGAUUGCAUAACUUGUUAACAGGUAUUAAGAUUCGUGCAUAUUUAUUGAAAAACUUUAAUUUUUAUGUUUUGAUAUUCUUAGAAAUGCCAUACUUAAUGUUAUAACCUUUUUUAAUCACUAAUUACAGUUAAACACACUAAACAUAGGAUUUGAUGGCUCACAUCAAAUAAUAGGUUAUGGACCUUUUAGUAAGAGCAAAAAUAACUUUAUUCUAUAUUCUUGCGUGAACAUUUUGGACUUUCCAGACAGAAACAAACAUGACAAAAAUAAACAUGUUCCUCUUUUUCGAUAAAUCUUUCCAUGAAAUUCGGAAAUGGCAGUCGUGGUAAGCACAUCACAAGGGAGACUGAAGACUUUAAAAUGUAAAAAUAAAAGCACAGUUUUCACGCUACAUUCAGAUGUGUCAAGUUGCUAAAGGGGAAAGUCACCUAAAAUUUAUCAAUGAACAAAUCUGUUGUGGUUUGUGCUCACUGCAUAAAAACAGAAAGCUAAAUAUAAUUCCAAAUGGAUGCAGUAUGACAGGCAGACACUGAUAAUAAUCUAUCUGAGAGGGACUGAAUAAUCUCUGUAUUCAUGAAAAUGUUGAUCACAUGUGUAAUAUUCAGUCAUACACACUGACUUAAGCUAUCAGCCAAUGCUAUCACCCAUGCAGAUCAAACUCACACCUGUUGCUACACAACAGACGAAUAAAAUAGUAGCCUUUUACUCACCAAAACUUAAACACAGACUUCCUGAGCAACUGUGCUCCAACACGAAAAACACAGUCAAGACAUCUGUUUUGGUGUCACCACACCUGUCACACCCAUCAACUCUAACUGGUAUUCAGUGUGUGUUUGUGUGUGCGUGAGAGGGAGAGAGAGAGAAAAUGGAUUGGUGUAUUUUUCAACUAC